AUGAAGCACAGGCGCCCCGGCGAGGAAGGUGGCGUGCCGUUUGGGAUGCGUGUUGGGCCUGUUGGGGCUCACCGUAGGCGGGCUUUCGGGGAAGUGCUUGGCAAUGCCGCUGCUGCUGCUGCUGGCGACGGCGCUGCUGUGCGGAAUGAGGGGGAAAAUUGCGACGAGGGGCCGCAGCCAAGCUGCUUCGUCCCGACGCCGGAGCCCCGUGUACGCGCCACGGCGGCUUCUGCGUCGUUGCUGCGUGCCGGCAAUUCCACACCCCCCCGCCCAACGGGGAAGGCGGGGAACGUUUGGAGGGAGUCUUUGUUGGCAUCGUCCCUGCUGGAGGGGGCAGCGCUGCGGCGGCAGUCCUCGGCGGCCAACGUGCAGCGACUGGACCUCAGGGCCACAGCGGUGGACAGCGUGGAGUGGGGCUGGUUUUGUCGCGAGGUGCUGCCAACGAUGUCGGGCCUGACUUUUCUUGGGCUGGCGGAAAUGGGGAUGACGGACAAGCGGCUAGCGGAGCUCCUGCGCAGCUGCCAGGCGGGGCCUGCGCGCCGCGGCACGGCGCCGUCGCCCUCCUCCUCCUCCUCCUUAGCGCUGUCGUCAGGAAGGUCAACGGGUCCCGUGGUGGCGAAGUCCGUCGCGGCGUGUGAGGCUGUCGCGUCCGCAACGUCGCGUGACCUCGGCCCUGGUCGAAGGGCCUCGACUUCCGCCGCAUCUUCGGUUGCAGACUUCUGUGAAAGACGGGCGCUGCGUCGACUGGGCGUGUUGGACUUAAGCGGGAAUCGUCUGACCCACCGUAGCGCGACCCCGCUGGGAAAAUUGCUCCUCUGGGCGGCAGACACCCUUGACGAGCUGCACCUGUCGGGGAAUCCCUUGCAGGACUACGGGCUGCAAAUCUUGGGAAUUUAUUUGGCCAAGUUGCGCCUGACGUCGCUGCGGGAGGAGCCCCACUUUUUUCCCCCGUCGCUGGUGCGGCAGUACGCGGCGUGGCUUGCGCAGCGCCGGCGGCACGGCGCGCCGCAGGAGCGGAGGUGUGGGGACACUGGCGGGCCGGACGCGGGCCCCGCUUCCUGCGGGGAGGCGCAGAUUCCUUUAGGAAUUUCAUCUUUGGACUUGCGGGGUUGCCAAGGCUCUGCGCGGGGGAUUUCAGAGGUGCUUGCGGGGGCAAGUCAUGCCCACCGGCUGAAAACCGUGCUGCUGGCGUACAACGGGGUUGUUGCGGCCGCGCUCGUGUCUCCCCGGCCAACUUGCACGGAUGGCGAGAUCGCGCCGCUGGCGACGCGUAGCCGAGACGAGGCGGCCGCAGGCGCCGACGCCGCGCCGGCCGCGUGCAGGUUUUCUAGCUUCAAGGAACUCCACUACCCAUGUGCGCUGAGGACGCUGAACCUCAGCGGCGUUCCGUUAUCGACGAUGUGUACGCCCAUUGGCUGCCGCGAGCUUUUCCUGAACAUAUUUUUCUGUUGCCCCAACUUGAAAGAGUUGGAUGUCUCGGGCACCUUUGACGCACUCAAGCUGCCACCUUCGCUGCUACUGCAGCUCUUGAUGCAGGGGGACGAGGCUUCGCGUGACCCGCGCAUCUACUGGCGCCUGCAGCGAGAGCUGGAGGGGGCGACGGAGUUUACGCUAGACGCCGUGAUGCUGGCCCGCCAGGCGUGUGCGGGAGGUAUUUUGUGUGAGCUGGCGGCACACGCCGCGUUUAACGCGCAGCGGCGACAAUGUUUGGCCCCACCCGCGUUUUGUCGCCUGCGGGUGUUGAAUCUGCGCGGUACAGGAGUCACUGAUAGGGCGGCGCGCGGCUUGGCGAUUGCCGCAGCUUCCGCGGCGUCGACGGGGGUUUUCUCCUGCCUGGCGGCGCUCAACCUGGCCGAAAACCUGCUGAGCCUCGAGGGGUGCAUGCGGGUCGUGCACGCCUUUAUCCUUGACUGGCCAGCGACCCCCUCCGUGCUCUCCGCGCUGGCGCUUCAGGGAAAUACUGGGAUUCACCGCGACGACGGCGGCACCAUUCUGCUGCUUCAGCAAGGGGCCGAGGCUGCCGUGCGGCGACGCUGCGAGGAGCGGCGGCGGUGCGGUCUUGCCGGCGGCACACGCCCACCGCCGCCGCUGCGUAUUCACCUCGGCGCGGUGGGGGAGGCGGCCUUCUGCGUUGCCAGCGGUGAGCCGGCGGCGGAGGGCAAUACCGCAGCCGAAAGGGAGGACUGCGAAGGGGCAGCCGGUGACAAGCAAGGCGACGCCGCGGUGGGUGGGAAGGGGCGAGAGAACGGCUUCCCGCCGUUUCACUUCGGCACGGGCGGGGCGCUGCCGGCAAGCGCGUCGUUCCCCUCCCCGCUGGCCGCGCAGCUGGCGGGCGCCUGCGACGACGUUAGCUCCAUCCACGCCGGGGAGACGCCGCGGCGGUUUCUCUUCUCCGUGCCGCCAACACCGUCGGUCCUGCAGCGCCCAGCGGACCUCGUUUGUCCGCCCGAGCCACCGCAGAGGCCGCCACAGCUGCAACGCAUCGAGAGUGAGGAUGAAGAGCAGAAGCAGCGGAAGCGGCGCCGGGGCGUUCCCAUCCUUUCGCCUGUGGUUGCUGACGAAGACCUGUCGGUGAUUGCGGGAUCAAGCACGGGGGCGGUGGCGGGAGAGACGCGGCGCAGCUCGCUCGGUGGCGUCAAGCUGUCAGCGGGGUUCGCGACACCGGCGUUCCGCGGCGUCGUGCCCCUCCUGGCGGUGGCAAAAGAGGCGCAGCCGUGGGCCGCCAUGGACGCCGCGACGGCGCGGGCGCCAAGCCGCAACGCUGGCCGCGAGGCCACUCCACUGCGACCGCACGAGCGUCACGUCCUGCAGGACACGCUGACUUCCUUUCGGCGCGAGCCGUCGUCCAUUGCCACCUCUCCUCCCCGCGCCUCCUCCAAAGCAUUUAAUUUUGGCUGCCUCUUUGCCUCCAUGGACGCCGCGCGAGACAGCGGCGGCAGCGUGGAGGCGGAGACUCCCUUGACACGGUGCCACCUUAACAGCGAGGGCAGCCACCGCAAUGGCGAGGGUGCGGACACCGCGGAGGCGAAGGGAGCGCGUGUCUCGCGCGACGCCGCCGAAGUUUCACCGUUGGGCGCGGAGGAAACUGCGGCGGCAGUGAAGGCGGCAGGGGGUGGGCCGGCAGUGCGGCUGGAGAGCGGGGAUGCUGCCGGGCCUGCAGGGGAAACGGCCGCGGCAUUCAAGCCGGGGAAGGCACGUCGCGUGAAGGGCUUUGUCAUGUCCUACUACCACCCCGUGGGGCACGUGCUCUGUCGCGGCUGGCGUCUGCUGCAUCGCGGCGAUGCUGUGGGAGAAGAUGCCCGGGCGUGUCUCGCGCGUGAUGUGUGGGCGCUGCUGCAGCCGCCGGAGACACAGCGGGGCGACGUGGUGGUGAAUUCUGUCUCACUUGCGACGCCGUCGUCGGAGGAGGACGUCGGCGAGGACGCGGCGUACGGCGUCACACGGCUGAAAAUCACCUCUAACGAGCACCGCUCUGCGCUGGCUGAGCGCUUGCAGCAGCACGCGAACAUGGAAGGUGGGAUGAUUGCUUUUCCGUUGUUUAUGCAGGCACUCCGGCAGUCGGAGGAGGACACGGUGGAGGUGGUUGCCGCCAUGCUCGACGCCGCUCGCGGCAGACUGCCCGCAGAGUGUUCGGGAAGCACCGCGGAGGAGUUGGUGCACGCGCGGCACGGCAGCGAGGACGAGUUGGUGGCAGAAAUUGCUGCCGCCUUGGCUGCCGGCGGUGGCGGCGGCGGCAGCAGCAGUAAGACCUCACAGACGCCGAGCGAGCCGCUGGAGGAGGCCGCGGCGGACCCGCCCUUUUUUUCCGUCAACUCCGUGGAUGCCACUCCUCUCGCGGAAGCGCCGCAGCUGUCCCAGCCUCCGCACGAUGCAGCGGAGACAAGGGAGGAAGCAGAGAGGCUGGAGACGGAGGAAGCAGCUCCGACCACCGCCGUGUGUAGUGGGUCCCACGUGCCCCACCCACCAGGAGCGCGCCAGGCAAUGCCGCCAACCGCAGCGGAGCCGCUGCCGCUGCCGCUGCCGCGCGCCCGCCGGGCACCGCCGCCUCUGUGGGGACUGCCUCGCAGCCUCCGCCAGCACCGAAUACGACCAGCGAUGCCGCCACAGCAACGGCCGUGGCGGAGGCGGCUGUUGAGGAGCCGACAGGGAGUUUGGCUGACCACAUGA